AUGUCUGAAAUCCCAUCACUUAAUCAAGUGAAGCAUAUCCUACUAGUACUAUCAGGCAAAGGUGGAGUAGGAAAGUCGUCAGUUACCACCCAACUUGCUCUGUCCCUUGUAAAUGAUGGCUACAAGGUUGGAGUCCUGGAUAUAGAUCUAACUGGGCCUUCGCUGCCGCGAAUGUUUGGAUUGGAAGGAAGAAAUGUUCAUCAGUCUACAGCCGGUUGGAUUCCCGUAUAUACAGAUGACACCAAGAGGUUAUGUGUUAUGAGCUUAGGUUUUUUGUUACCGGAUAGAGGAAACAGUGUCGUAUGGAGAGGACCCAAGAAGACCGCUAUGGUGCGACAAUUUGUUAAGGAUGUCGUAUGGGGCGAUCUGGAUUAUUUAUUAAUUGAUACUCCUCCUGGAACGAGUGAUGAACAUAUAAGCAUAGCUGAAGAGCUGAAACAAGCAUCUCCAGAUGGUGCAGUUUUAGUGACUACCCCUCAGGACAUUGCUACAGCUGAUGUCCGUAAAGAGCUAAAUUUCUGUCGCAAAGUUGGAUUCAAGGUUCUAGGAGUAGUGGAGAAUAUGAGUGGAUAUGUAUGCCCCCACUGCUCGGAGUGUACAAAUGUUUUUAGUAGUGGUGGUGGCCAGACUCUAGCAACUCAAUUCGACGUUCCCUUCCUUGGCAGUGUACCCAUUGAUCCCACGUUCGUUACGCUUGUAGAGAGCCAAGGUAGUGAGCACAAGUUACUUGAAAAGUACCCCGAGAGUGCUCUUAGCAGCAUAUUUAAAGGGAUUGUGGAUAAGAUUUAUGCCCAAAAUUUGCCAGUGAGGCAAGCAUAG